AUAAUAAAAAGUGCACACUAAUAAAUCUUAUGUUUCAGAUUAGGUUUAAAUAAUAUGGCAGGGCAGGGACAAGGACUGCAACAGAUGAACGGUCAGCAUGAAGUGGUUGGGAAUGGAGGUCCUCAUAAUCAGCCUGGAUUUCAGCCACCCCAGCAAACCUCGCCACCCCUCUCAGAUCUGAUGGGACAAUUAGAAGACUAUACUCCAACUAUACCUGACGCUGUUACCUCACACUACCUGGCUUCAGCAGGUUUUGACACAACAGACCCUAGACUACUGAGACUUGUGUCACUAGGUAAUUUUAAUCCUUAUUUAACAGCUUAAGAUUCUGAAAUAUUCUUCAUUAA